ACCUUUUAAUUUGAUCUCCAAUAUUGACUUUAAAUGACUCCCUCCCUUCAUCUUCCUCUUGUUUUUCUCAUUUUUUUAAGUCCCAGUUUGCCACCAUUUUCUCACAACAGAGACUCAAACACUCCACAAAUCUUCCGAUCUCCCCUUAAUCCGACCUUUUAAGGAAGGUGGAGAGAGAGAGAUCUCAAAGAGAAGUCUUUUGGGGGAAAAAAGAAUUCUUUAUUUUUGAUACUUUACUUCUACAAUUGAUAAAAUUCUAGCCUUUUUAGCUUUUCAGGGCAAUAAAAUAAGAAAUGAAGCAGUUAUUUGAAUACCCUUUUACCGUCUGUUUUAUGGGAUUUAUUCAGGUUUUUCAUUGAAGGAAUAGGGUGAUUCAGUUUUUUUUUUGGGGAAUUUGAGGCUUUUGUUUGUUUUGGAGAAGAUGAAAGGAGAGGAUCAAUCGAGGUCUUUGUUUGGGAUUCAUCUCACUGAUAGGCCGAAAUGGCAACAGUUUCUUAUCUGUUCAUCUGGGUUCUUCUUUGGCUACCUUGUUAAUGGCGUUUGUGAGGAAUAUGUAUAUAAUAGGCUUCAGUUCAGCUAUGGAUGGUACUUCACUUUUGUACAAGGAUUUGUUUACCUGAUAUUGAUAAGGCUUCAAGGCUUUUCCAUGAAGCAAAUGGUGAAUCCAUGGAAAACAUAUGUGAAACUCUCUGCUGUUCUCAUGGGUUCUCAUGGAUUAACCAAGGGUUCUUUGGCUUACCUCAACUACCCUGCUCAAAUAAUGUUUAAAUCUACCAAGGUGCUGCCGGUUAUGAUUAUGGGUGCAUUCAUCCCUGGGCUGAGAAGGAAAUAUCCGUUUCAUGAAUACGUCUCUGCGGUGCUUCUUGUUGUUGGUCUCAUCCUCUUCACCUUAGCCGAUGCUCAAACGUCUCCGAAUUUUAGCAUCAUUGGUGUUUUAAUGAUUCUGGGUGCUUUGAUUAUGGAUUCCUUUCUUGGGAAUUUUCAGGAAGCGAUUUUCACCAUGAAUCCAGAUACAACUCAAAUGGAGAUGUUGUUUUGCUCGACAAUUGUUGGGAUCCCUUUCUUAGUUGUUCCAAUGAUUCUAACAGGCGAGCUCGUUAGGGCCUGGAAUUCUUGUUCUCAGCAUCCUUAUGUGUAUGGGGUGUUGGUGUUUGAAGCUAUGGCCACAUUCAUUGGUCAAGUGUCGGUUUUAUCCCUUAUUGCCAUCUUCGGUGCUGCUACGACUGCCAUGAUAACAACUGCAAGAAAAGCUGUCACAUUAUUGCUGUCAUACAUGAUAUUUACAAAACCUUUAACCGAACAGCAUGGAUCCGGGCUGUUGCUCAUUGCCAUGGGGAUCGUAUUAAAGAUGUUUCCGGAUAAUAAAGCGGCACCCCGGAUCCCGACAUCAAACAUAAAUGCCAAGCAUCAUCCGGAAACCCCUUCCACCGAAGCAGAAAGUGUAGAACUUGAAGAAGAUGAGGAGAAAAAGCCCUUGGUCUGAUAAAUAAGCUCAUUUGAAAACCCAAAUCUUCAAGCACAAAAUCCCCAAACAUCCAAAGAUAUGAGCCAAAAGUACUCCACUGC